UGGGAAUUUGGCUUUUCUCCGAAGCGCAGGUCUGGAUGGGCCACAUUUAAGAACCUUGAACUUCAAAUGAUUCUUCUAUCAGGCUGGAAAACACGUUUGCUUCCCUCAAAGGAACUGAGUCUAAAAUGAAGUUAUGGGACAUUGUAGCCACGUGUUUGUUGCUCUUGAGCGCCGUUUCCACACGUCCGAUCUUCCACAAGCAGCAGCCUUCCAAAAGAGCCGUCGUCACGGAACGCCACUAUAAGGACCCCAUCAUCGACUCCCAACCUGAAAACACUCACCUAAAACAGGCCUCCAUGGAGGAACAAUAUUAUUUAACCGGUCUUUACCCGGAGCAGUUUGAGAACAUAAUGGACUUCAUCAAAGCAACUUUUGGCCGAUUGCGGCGGUCGCCGGAGUUGGAUGUCGGCUCUCAAGCGAAACGGGACAAGGGACGACAGAAAGGAGCAACAAAAGGCGAGAGGGGCGGACGGGGACGAGGAGACAGAAAGAGAGGUCGCGCAAGAGCCGGCGGCCGAUGGGGAAAGGAAAGUCGAGACGACAGGGUCAAAGGUCAAGGGCGUGGUUGUCUGCUUAAAGAGAUCCACCUCAACGUGACGGAUCUGGGGUUGGGUUACAGGACCAAAGAGGAAAUGAUAUUCCGCUACUGCAGCGGUCCUUGUUACGACGCGGAAACUAACUACGACAAAAUCCUGAACAACCUGACGCACAACAAGAAGCUCGACAAAGACACGCCGUCCCGGACUUGCUGUCGGCCGAUCGCUUUCGACGACGAUAUUUCGUUCUUGGACGACAGUUUGGAGUAUCACACGCUAAAGAAACAUUCCGCAAAAAAGUGUGCCUGCGUUUGACGCGGCGAAUGGGACGGACGAAAUGCUCUUGCCGAGAAACGCAGCGGCGAAGACGGAAAUCGUGUUGUGGCAUUAUCUCACAGCGUUGCUGCGGAAACAAUGCUCUUGCAGAGACUGUGCUGUGCCGUUAAACUGUUUAGUAUUCACUUUGUUACCAAACCAACAAGAUUUCCCCCAAACGUACGGCUCGGACUUGCUAAAG